AGUCGAGUUAACGGAGGCACGCGGGCAGAGGUUCCACCUGGAGGCGCUGGCGGGCCGGGGCUUCCGAUGUUGCCGUCGGGUGUCCGUUUUGCCUCCGCUGGCGGUCCCUGCGUCACGGGGAGGGCAAUGGGGCUGGGCUUCUGGCGUUGCCCCGCGUUGUGAGGUACGUUGAGGGCCGCGCUCUCACCGCAGAGACCGUCACCGCGCCUUUGCUCGCACCGUGACCCCGGCCAUGAUUCCCUUUUGCUGAGACUUGCUGUUGUCCCCCGAGAACCUCCCGGAGCGGCUCCUGGUCUUCAUUCGGCCGGGGGCUCGGGCGGGCUGGCGGGUACGGAUCUCAGCUGAGCCCGCUGAAACUCUCCGCCAUCUGGUUCCGAUGGCAAAGGAGGCGCAGGGCCCGGUGACCUUUGAGGAUGUGGCUGUGUAUUUCUCCCGGGAGGAGUGGGGUCUCCUUAAUUUGACCCAGAGGAGCCUGUACUGUCAUGUUAUGCUGGAGAACUUUGCACUCAUUGGCUCACUGGGUUGUCUGUGUAGACUGCAGGAUGAGGACGCCCCUCGCGAGCUCGGAGAGAGCUGCCGAGUCCGCCUGCCAGAGAAGCCCUCUCUGUGUGGGACGUCUGGACGGGCCUUCCCUGCCGCCGUAGGCUUCCUCCAGCCCCAGGCUGCCCGCGGAGAGGCGGCGCCCCGCGGGAGCCCCGAGUGCAGCAAGGCCUGCCCACCCGGCUCUGCUCGCCAGCGGCAGCAGGGUGGCCACGCGGUGCAGACGCCCUUCCGGUGCAGUGGCUGUGGGCAGGCCUUCCUCCAGGCCUUCACGCUCCUCGACCACCUCGUCGCUCGCGCCAGAGGGCGGCCCUUCAGGGGCCCAGCAGGUGGAAGCAGCCCGCCGGAGAACUCAAGCCUGCUUCCUCACCGGAACGCUCGCCCUGGAGAGACGCCCCACGUGUGCAGUGAGUGUGGCAGGGCCUUCAGUUACCCGUCUAAACUGAGGAAGCACCAGAAGGUCCACACUGGCGUCAAGCCUUUCAACUGCGCCGAGUGCGGGAAGACCUUCAACCGCAAGGACGCGCUCGUCCUGCACCAGAGAAUCCACACCGGAGAGCGGCCUUACGAGUGCGGCGAGUGCGGGAAGGCCUUCAGCGUGCCGUCCACCCUCAUUCGGCACCGGAAGGUGCACAUCGGAGAAAGGCCGUACGAGUGCCGGCAGUGCGGGAAGCUCUUCAAAUACAGCCACAGCUUCGUCCUGCACCAGAGGGUGCACACGGGAGAGAGGCCGUACGGCUGCGGCGAGUGCGGGAAGGCCUACGUGACCCGGUCGGGGCUGUACCAGCACCGGAAGGUCCACACCGGCGAGCGCCCCUACGAGUGUGGCCUGUGUGGGAAGACCUUCACCACCCGGUCCUACCGCAAUCGCCACCAGCGCUUCCACACCGAGGAGCGGGCCCACGAAUGCCCCGAGUGCGGUCGCGCUUUCAAACACGGCUCGACCCUCCUCCAGCACAGGAAGGUUCACGCUGCAGGAAGACCGUAGCGGGCUGGCUGGCAGGCAGGCAGGCAGGAAGCCAUCGGCCGCGGCUGGCUCCUGCUCAAGUUCUCAGUCCAAAAGGGAGGCUGGGGAGAGGGGCCGUUUGCCAGCGGAACCCGACGCCCUCACCAACGGGCAGGCGCGCUGCACUCCAGCCCAGCCGGCUGUUGGCAGUGUUGGGCCAUUGUCAGUUCCUGUGACGGAAGCCGUCCCACCGCUCUGAGCCGGCAGCUCCCGUGGUGUGCAUCAGUGACCCUGUGCGCUCUGGGAAGCCGCCCUCUCCUCCGUAAGGGACAGAGUCACGGGCGCUGGAUUCCAUUCGCGGCCUUAUUCCCUCCCCCGAGGCGGUUGAGGUGCGGACAUGACCUAGCGCUGGCCGACGGUAGCGGAGCAGUGUCUGCAGGGGCUUCCAGGGAAGGUUAGCCAUCUUUAUGGACUCUGUGGACGCCACGUUGGGUCCCUGUCCUGAAUUUAUCCAGCCCUGGGACUGUCUCAAGCAGCUCUGGAAUGUCGAAUAAAAACCUUCCGUGUACGCCACCCUUAAUCUUUGGGCUCUGAUCUCUGUGUGUGGAAGGACUGAGAACCAACCUGGGCUCAUGAAUAGAGGGCGUGGUUUCUCUGGAGGUCCCUGACUGGCGUCCACCUCAGCGGGGACAGCAGGAUGGCAGAGGCCAGCUCCAGUCAAGGUUGGCCGAGUUUGCACUGGAGCUUCAGACCUCCGGGGGGAGACUGAAGGGCUCUGUGGGUGGAUCUCUGGCCUGGAUGUCGGGUCUACCUCUGGGCCCAGAGUUUGCCUGAAGAAUGGAGUGGUGGGGAGAAGAUCCCUGUGUGACUGGGGACAGGCACCAGUUGGGCUCCUUGUUUCUGGGGUAAGUUCUGCAACCUCCAGCGCUGGCCAGAAGCUGCUUCUAGAAUCAGCUCAGAGGCCGAGCUCUCUGAAACUGAGAACGUGGAGGUAAGUUUGAGAGUGGCUGUAUGUCCUGCAGGGGCUGCUGGGCAGAGUGAGUGGGCACAGGAGCACGGAGAGGAGUCCUGUGGAGCAGGGGCCUUGGCACACAUGAGGCUUGAGCUAAUUCUAAAGAGGAAUCCAUGGAUGUGCCAGGAGCAGUUUCAGGGGGUGAGGCGGGCCGUUUCUCAGGAAUUUCAAGCCUGUUUCUGGUGUCCAAGGUCGCUGUCAGCAAAUAGCCUACAGGUUCCUUGGAUCCUCAGAGCCUUCCGGGCAUGUUUACCUCCUGGCCGUCACCCUGGGGCUGAGAGAAGAUCCUGUCAUUCUGGGAUGCAGCUUUCGUGACCUGGUUGGGAUUCCUGGUGUGUCUGCACACCACAGCCUUGACUUUUUGCUGUUGCUGUCACAGGGCUCCAGGGAAGGAAGUUGUUGAUUCACAUAUAGAUCCAGAUCUGUCGGUUGUGGGCCCUUUGAUUUUUCAAAUGUUGGAAACUACUCUUUUACAAGGUAAAUGUCAGUUCAGUGAAACUUGUUAUCACUGUGGUUGUCACCAUGUCCCUGGUCUAUAAAUAGUGCUUCACAUCAAGAAGAAAACGUUAGUGGAGGCGUGUUUGGGGAGAGCCAACAACAGACUGGAGGCUUUGGGCUGAGUGGUGCUCAGCCAGGACCAUGUGUUGGGGUUGGAACCCACUGCUGCUGCCUUUAGCUUCAGCAGUUUCCCCUCAGCCACCCCGCCAGCAGGAGGGGCGGCAGCCGUGGGUGCAGGGAGCUCUCGGCCAGUCUGCUCGGCGUCUCCAGUGCCGUGAGGCACACGCCACCCCAGGCCUGCUGGGGCCCUUGUGUGUGUAAUCCCUGUGUGUGAUCAACUGUCUGCCUUCAGCGUGGAGGUCUGUAUGGAGCAGAGUCAAAGUCUGGCAGAGCCAAGCAGGGCCCAGAUGUCCAGGCAGGUGGGGGUCAGGGCACUGACCAGACUCUUCACCCCAACCGACAGGGUGGCAUGACCUGUCUCCUGACCUCACGGCCUGCUUCUCCCCCAUGGUCCCUCCAUGGGUCAUCCCUGCCUGGUGCCUCUGCACUGCCGCUCCUGGCUGAAAAGGUUCCUGGAGUCCCCUCCUCAGAUUUUCCUGCCAGCCUAAAAGCGGGCAGUAGCGGCAUCACUGUCACUCUCACCUGUGCUUCAUUCCUCUCAGAGCUGCGGUUGCUCUGCAGUGACCGUAUCCUUUGGUCCCUUUGCACGUUAAACCUUUGUAUUGCACAUCAGAUGGAGAUGAAAUGCAUCUACCGCGGAGCUCAGGCAAAAGCCUGGUGCCCAGUAGGACCCCAGGGGAUGUCUGGUGGCCCUGAGGGAUGGUACACAGCCCUGUCGGAGCUGACCCUGGGGAAGGAGAAGGUAGGAGACCUCAGGGAAAGAGUGGUGCUUACCCCGUCCAGCUGCUGAGCCCUGGAGACUUCACUCCCCUGGCAGGAUGAAAUCCACAGGCCCCUCCUGCGUGAAACUGACAUUGUAGUAGGGUGGUGUAGACCGAAGCUGUGUCCCCCCCCCAAUACCUAGGUUAAAGCCUAACCCACUCAGUGUUCUGUAUUUGGAAGUGGGGCCUUUGGGAGGUUGAUGAGGUCUUGAGGGAGGAACCCUUGUGACUGGGAUUAGUGGUCUCAUAAGAGAGGCCCCCAAGGACCCCCUCUCCUUCACUGUGAGGACACAGAGGAUGGCUGUCAACCAGGAAGCAGAUCCUCACCUGACACCAAAUAUCCUGGCACUGUGAUCUUGCAUUUUCCAGUCUCCAGGACUGUGAUAAAUUUGUUAUUUUAAAGCCUUCCAGUUUGUAUUUGUUUGAUCAGUUGGAAUGGACUAAGACAUGGGAGACAGACAUCCCUCACUGGCAGCUGUGAGCAGGGCUGUGACGGGCCCUUCAGUGUGUCAGUGAGCCCCUCCUGGUGCACCUCAUCUCAGGACCCGAGU